AUGCCGACAGCAAUGACGGUAGAUGGAGUGAUUGCCAUGGAGACUGACCAGCAGCAAACUAUUGCAACUGUUCCUGGACUCAUCUAUCCUCCACCAGAGAUUAGAAAUAUUGUGGACAAAACUGCAGAUUUUGUUGCUCGCAAUGGUCCCCAGUUUGAGGAGCGAAUUCAAGCCAAAGAACAGUCGAAUCCAAAGUUCUCAUUCAUGACUGUAUCCGAUCCCUAUCAUGCCUAUUAUCAGCACAGAAUCAAUGAAGCAAGACAAGGACGAACUGCUGCUGCUUUAUCAGCAGAAAAGGCAAAAGUCGAUGAACUGCCAGAAAUGCCUAAAGUAGUCAAAUAUAUUCCGAAAGAACCUCCUGCCUAUUUGUUUUCUGCUACGCUUCCUGCAAUCUCUCGUCAGGAUCUGGAUAUUAUCAAAUUGACUGCUCAGUUUUCUGCUCGUAACGGUCGCACAUUUCAAACCAGUUUGCUUCAGCGAGAAAGCAAGAAUUUCCAGUUUGAUUUCAUGAGACCUAGCCAUUCAUUAUAUGGAUACUAUAAUCGUCUUGUCGAACAGUAUGCAAAGGUGAUUUCUCCUUCAGAAUCUCUCAUUGAAACAUUGCGGACUCAGGUUAGACAUAAACUGCAAAUUUUAGAUCGUGUGUCUAUGCGGGUUGAACAUCAAGCAUAUCUCGCUGAAGAAAGUCGCAAAGCUCAACAAGAGGCUGAUGAAGAGCAAAUUGCGUUUGCUACCAUCGAUUGGCACGAUUUUGUUGUAGUAGACACGAUUGAAUUUGUUGAAGUUGAUGAACGAUCGUAUCUUCCACCGCCAAUGAGUGUGGUUGAAUUGGAAUCCAUGACGCUAGAGCAAAGACGUACUCUUUUAUCGUUUGAAAAACCGCCAGAACCUGAAAUCUUUGAAACAGUGGUUGAAACAGCAGAGGAACAGAUGGAGGACGACGAUAUAGAUAUGGACAUGGAAGAUGAUGACGAAAAUGAUAGCGCACUGAUGGCUCCUGCUGCUCAACAAGUCACUAAAAUUCAGGAUACAACACAGCCUACCAAUAUUCGUACAGACUAUAUUCCAAAAGUGGGUCGUGCAACACAGGCAGCAGAGCCUAUCGAACUGUGUCCUGUUUGCGGAGCCUCGGUCAAGGCAUCAGAGAUGGCUGAGCAUGUGCGUAUUGAACUGCUUGAUCCAAGAUGGAAAGAUCAGCGUAAUACAUACCAAUCCAAACAGCGCGAUUCCAAUUUGGUACCACUUGAUCCUAAUAUCCUGUCCAAGAUAUCCGAUUACCGACCAGAUAUCUUUGGCGGCGGGGAUAAUCUGGAUGUGAACAGGAAGUUGGCAGAGGAUACUGAAAAGGCACGAGAUGCAGAAAAGAAAAAGGUGAUUUGGGACGGUCACUCAAAUUCCAUUGCAAGCGCAUCACAAAAAAUGCAGCAAUCAUCGGUUGAAAAUCAAGUUAUUGUUAUUCAGCAGCAAAUGGAACAAAAUGCAGCACUGAAUGCUAUUGGACCCAAACUUCCCGGUAGUGCACCUAUGCCAUUUACUCCUGGAAUGCCAUUCCCAGGAAUGCCUUUUGGAGCAGUAUCCUAUCCUGGAAUGCCCUUUCCGAUGCCGGGUAUGCCUCCACCAGGUAUGCCGCCAGUCAUGCCAGCCAUGCCACCGCCGCCAUUUGGAGUCGCACCGGGUGCGUUUCCUCCACCACCUGGAAUGCCUCCACUUGGAUUUGGUAUACCUCCCUCUCCGUUUCCAUUUCCCGGAGCUAUGCCUGUCGGUGUUGCUCCACCAUUGCCACCAGGUGUGGUUCCUCUACCUCUAGCUGUUCCUGAAUCAGCAACCUCUGCAAAACACGCCAUACCUACUGAUGAGAUGGAUCACGCACUUAAAAAAGCCAAAACAGAGAUCGAUUUACAAAAACUCAUCACACUAUCUAUUACCAUGCCAACGGGUGAAUCUCUCCAAGCCGAUCCUGCUGAUAUGAGAAUGACUGUUGCAGCGUUCAAGGAACAUAUUGCUGGUCUUGUAGGUACACCUGCUAGCAAACAGAAACUGGUCAUGGAGGAUAAUACAGUUUUAAAGAAUGCGUUGACGUUGGAGAGCUACGCGUUAGUGAAUGGAUCAGUUCUGGAACUUUCUACUCGUGGUCGUGGUGGAGGAACUACCAAGAAAACUUAGUUGCUGAAUGUGUUUCAAGUACUGAUAUGGAGUUGAAAUCUAAAGGGUAUACCAACUAUGAGAUGGAAUACACUGCUUUUUGACUGUAUAGAUGUUUGUGUGACAGCUUUGGCUCGAGUAGAUGCAAGUAUUUUUAAAAAUGCCACAUUGGAAUACUUUCUUCACUAUCAAUCUGAAAUAAAAACUAAAUGUUCAAGUUG